UUUGCGUUUUAGUCAGAAACAUGAGUACGCAGUUAGUAUAAGUUUGUAUUGUUUAUGUUUGUGGCGGAUUGUGCACCACGGCCUCAGCCUCAGCCUCAGCAAUCCACAACUCCAUCCGCAGCGGAAGGUGUAAUCGCUAAGCAGUGAAAAGUUCGUAUUUUUCUGACAUGAUCACUCAAUCAUGAUGGAGAUGAAUAACUCUGCGUAAAUGGAACACAAAAACAAGAGUAUUGCUAAUAUAUCUGCAGUCCCAUGAACCCUAUAGCACCACCCACUUCAUCAUCAACAUCUCUGCCUUUAUAUAGAUUCCGCUGUUAUUCAUCCAAUAUUGUGGCCAAGAAGGGUAAGGCAUCACAAACACCUUCCCCUCAGGGUUCAGAGCCAACCCCUCCAAGAAUUACAUCCAAUGUGAAGCAGAAUUUGCAGUUCAUAAAAUUAUGGAAGGAGUUCCAAAAGAGAAGUUCAAGUACUCCCAAGCCGGCGACUAGUUACCGGAGGAAGAGAGUCGAGAAGGAUGUAAUGCCGGAAGAUACAGAGCUUUAUCGUGAUCCUACUUUGAGCUUAUAUUACACAAAUCAGGGUCUAGAGACUGCAAUACCGGUCUUGCUCGUUGAUGGUUAUAAUGUAUGUGGCUAUUGGGCCAAGUUGAAAAAGCAUUUCAUGAAUGGUAGACUUGACAUUGCUCGACAAAAGCUUGUAGAUGAACUGGUAACGUUUAGUUCGUUGAGAGAGGUGAAAGUGGUGGUUGUGUUUGAUGCUAUGAUGUCUGGCCAGUCAACACAUAGAGAAAAUUUUGCUGGAAUUGAUAUAGUAUUCUCUGCUGAAACCUGCGCAGAUAUAUGGAUUGAGAAAGAGGUUGUAGCUUUAAGGGAUGAUGGCUGUCCAAAAGUUUGGGUUGCAACUUCUGAUCAUUGUGUCCAAAAUGGAGCUCAUGGAGCAGGUGCAUUUGUGUGGAGUUCGAAGGCAUUGGUCACCGAGAUCAAAGCUUCUCACAAGGAACUAGAGGAGAUGCUGAUAGAACAUAGAUCGACAUCGAUGCAGGGUAAAUUGUUGAAGCACAAUCUUGAUUCAGAAGUGGUGGAUGCUCUCAAAGAUCUCAGAGAUAAGCUGUCUGAAAAUGCAUCGUCUCGCUGAGUUCAUUUCUCAUAGUGCUUUAAGGAUGAAUUUUUCUAUUUGUCUAAUCUUAAGAGGCAGCUCUUACUUAGGUCAUCCAACAUUUUAUAUUUUUUUAAUCUCUUCAAACAUUGAGUAUUGUUAUGGGUGCAUUUGUAAAUGGACUUGUUUUUUGCUCUCA